GGAGAGAAGACAAUGGCUUUCAGUCAGUUAAGACCACACCAAGGUUUUAUAGUGUUUGAAGAAUUCUCUCCUCACUGGAGUUUGAGAAUUCUCUGUGUUUGAGUUAACAUUUGGGUGAAUUUGCUGUCACCUUCAGGCGAUUUCCUGCAUUACUGCAGGAACAAUAUUCCACUUUAGACAAUCUGAUGACUACUACCCAAACUUUUAGCCCCACACAGCUAAAAUGGAAGAGAAAAGCAAGAAGAAAAGGCGCCAUUUGAUGCUGGUGUUCUACUGGGUGAAGAAGAGGGUCCCAGAUAAGAAAUUAUGUCCCACAUCUGACAAUUCAUAUAUAUCUUCCUCCACUUGCAAGGAGCCCCAUGUUUCACCCUACUUCACCAGGAGCAAAGCAAAGCCCCCUCAUCCCAGGAGAAGCACCAGGUAUAAAGUCCCACCUCAGGAGAAAACGACCAUCUAUUCAGUACCUUCAAAGUCUCUUCUUGUCCGGAGGAAAACCUACAGGCGUUACAAGCAAAGGAGGCCAAAGAAAGCAAACACAGAGGAAACAAAUGUCCAGGAAUCAACAUCUAAUUGCCCCCUAGACAGAGAAGAACUAGGGAGAUGUUCGUGGUCAUUUCUACAUACGAUGGCAGCAUUUUAUCCUAACCGGCCCAGUAAAAUUCAGCAGCAAGAAAUGAUACAGUUUAUCCAAUUAUUUUCCAAAGUUUUUCCUUGUGAUGAAUGUGGAGAAGAUUUCAGGAAUAGAAUACAAAAAAACCAACCUGAUGCGAGCAACAGACGUAAUUUAACACAGUGGUUUUGCCAGAUUCAUAACGAAGUAAACAAGAAGCUGGGGAAGCCUGAAUUUGACUGCUCUCUUGUAGACCAGCGAUGGCGAGAUGGAUGGAAGGAUGGAUCCUGUGAUUAGAUCUGCUGGAUAUUUUUCCAACUUGAUUAAAAAAAAUCAACAAAACACCCCAAAAGCAAUCCAUUAUGGACCAUUAAUGGAGACAAAAUUGUGCAUUUGUUAAUGGAGGUGAUGGAAACAGGCAAAGGGCUUUGAUAUGUAUUUUCCAUUUCUGGUUUUGAAAUUUUAAUAUGGAUCUCUGUAAUAAUUUUCCAUAUGGACCCUCUACCUGUUGAUUGUGCUGUUUUCCUGACCACUUGAAUUAUUUCAAAUACCAGCAAUUGCUGCCUUCAGAAGCCUAGACUAUGCUAGAAGAAACUAUUCUGAACAUGAAGACAUUGUGCUUUCUCAGCUCAGUACUGAUUUAAUCCCUGGAAAUCUGAGAUGGCCCAUCUGCAACUAUUUGCAGCCUUCCCCUGAGCACAGCAUCAUUUGCCUUCAUUGUGUUGCUUGCAUUUUUGUGUUGAGCAGAUUCCCCCCCCCAAACUCUACACUUAAUUCUAUUUUUUUUAAAGUGCUACAGUAUAAAUUAGGUCUGCUUACUUUUCUGCAGCAUAGAGCCCUGCAGUAGAACAGGGUCUCAUUUAAGGUGUGAGCAAAGGGUAUCCUCUUUUUAUGUUCCUUUUGGCCAGACUCAUAAAAGAAGACAAUCUAGAUUAAUUUACUUUUGAUUAAUGAAAUAAGCCAUAGAAAUCAUGAGGUCAUGUUAUAUAUCAAAAUGCACGGCUCUUGGGAUUGGGGGAUUGUGAAGGUUGUAUUCAUUCCUCAGUAAAUUGCUGAGUUCCCAUUUCAAGUAAGUGUUCUUUUUACCUAUCUGAACUUGGUGUGUCUCAUGACCUGGAAGCGGAAAACAAGUGUGCUCUGAGAUACCACCUUGAAGGUGAAUCAUGUUUGUGGUAGAGCAGGUUGGCUACAAUAAACUACCAACAGUUGCCUUGUGAGGAAAAGCAGAAGGUUGGAGUGAAUAAAUAUGAAGAAAGUUUUUCAUUUCAAGUUCUAUUUUAUACCACAAUAUAUAAGAUCACCAAUGAAAUCAAAACUGAUUAAAGAGAUAAAUGUGGGAGACAUUGAUUGUUCAGAGGUAACCAUGUUUAUAUAUCAGUUUUUGAUAACCUACUUCUAGGAAGAAAUUUAUGGUUUGCAAGAAUUUACUUUCUUUUAUCUGAAUAUGGGAAACUUUGGCUUGGAUAUACAACAUUUAACAGAAAAGAUAAUUAUCAAACCCUGUUAAUUAUAAUUAUAGAUUGAUGAAUUUAUUUCUCGGUGUCAGUUCUACUUGAACUAUUAAAUUUGGGGAUCCUACUACGAAAAGAUACGUUAACCUGAAUAUUUUCAUUUUACAGAGGUUGGUUAAGGUCCAGGUUUAUUGCCCAAGCAAAGCAGGUCCCUUUAAUUAAUGCAAAGUGAAUACACAUGCAGAUAAGCAAAGCACAGUGAAGAACAACUCUUCCGGUCUUCUUUCUCUGUUUACUCUGGUUCAGUAUCUGAAAACUUGCAGCAGAGAAAUAAGGCUGGUGAUUAAAUGGCAUCUGGUCCUUGUCAAAGGACCUUCUUAGAAGCGUUUAAAAGGACAGCCAUGCCCUGUGGCCAUGGAUUUGGCAAGCACUACACAACUCUUACUAAAGUUAAAUGGAUGUUUGAUGAAGGAAAGGUCUAAGGUUUUGCAUCUAAGAUAAUAAAAAUCAAAUUUCUGUUGGCAGAUGUGUGGUAUGCUUUUCAUUGGUAAAAACAUUAAUUAUUUAAAUGCAUUUGAUGAGGGCAAUUUUAAGUGUGUCUCAGAAUUUAUUUUUGUGCUUGCUAAUCAAAUAAAAGUAAAUAUUCAUUUGUU